UCAAAGGAGAUAUGGUUUGUUGACUACGAUGAUAGGUGUAGUAUUGACAACUUGGCGUUAAACAUUGAGGUUUUCACUUAGACCUGUCGCUUUCUGGAGGACCCGGUGCAUGAUAAAAGAAUCUGUCAUAGCCGUCGACCAGAAGUUUGAUUAAGCAUUCUCGAAGCAGUGAUCAAAGGAUCGCUUGGCGAAGGAACAUUGUAAUAUCUCCAGGAGGUUUUGGUCACCGAGAGAGAGUAGACAUGGCGCACAAACGCGGCUCCGUUGCCGAUCGCAUGGCUUUUUUCCGUAAAGCCAUAGAAGAGGAGAAGAAGAUGAACAGCCGAGGUCCCAGGAGACCUGUAUCAGCGGACUUUUCAAACAACAAUUUUCCCGGUAGUUACCGACCCCGAUGGCAACCACCUUCUCAACUGCAAAUGCAAAAGGAGAAACAGGAGAAACAAGAAAAACUGGAAAAUGAGAAGCCGAUUGAAGGCGCUUCGACUCAACAACAGGAGCAACCAGAGAUUAAAGAAAGAAAGACAGAAAAAGUUGUCUCACAAAGGAAAGAGCCACGAGUACUGAAAAAGAAGCCCGAGUUAAAACGUCAAAUGUCUGUAUCGUCAGUGGUGCUGACGUGGUGUCAGGAUGUCACAAAGGGUUACAAGGGUGUCGACAUAAAGAAUUUCAGUGGAAGUUUUACCAGUGGAUUGGCGUUCUGCGCUCUCAUACACAAGUUCAACCCAGACAAGUUUGAUUAUGACGCCCUUGAGCCUGAGAACAGAGAAUACAACGUCAGACUGGCCUUUCGAACAGGAGUAGAAGUUGGAAUUCCAGAGCUUCUGACUGCAGACGAAUUUCUUCGAAUGGGGAGACGACCGGAGCCAAGAAGCGUCCAGUGUUAUAUUCAAAUGAUAUUCAGCAAAUACAAACCAAAGGAUCUUGACAUGUCGAACCUAAGAAUAGCUUGAUGGACUCAACGCAAUAUGUAUGCCUCAUUUUAAACAAUUUGUAAUCAUAUCAUAUUUUUUUAUUUGCGCAAUGAUGUAUUUUCAUGUAAUGAAAAUUUAAUAUUUAUAA